AUGAUUAGGACUCAUUCUUCAGACAUGCUAAAGCUUCCUCUCUUUCUUCUGAUCUUGGUGACUGUGGAAGAGCUUCUCCCAUUGAUGGUCAUUUAUACCCCGUUCCUUCUUCCGUCAACCUGCAUUUUGCCUAGCCAGAUUGUAAAGAUUCGCCAGCGCUUGGAAGUAAAUCGCGAAGAAGCUAUCAAAAAGAUUCAAGUCCUGGUCCCUACGGCCCAAGACGUUCAACCAAAAAGUGAUUCCCUUCAGGACGCAUUGGCUGCGCUUCCUACCGCCUCUCUACGAGAGCUUACUAUCAUCUACAACCUGUCAAGGUGGGGCACAGAUGGAUUCCGCCGCAAACGCAUUAUGGACCAUGUGCGCCAACUCCAGGAAGACGACAAGCGCCUGAAGGUCGCUGAAGUGCUGCAAGAUGGGAACGUGAACAUGGAACUGCUAGCCAAUGCGUGCACCCAACGUGGACUGUACGUGUAUGCAAAACUGACUCGUUACAGCUGUGCCGUGAGCGUGACAGCUGCUCAGAUGAAGCAGAUGUUGCGUGUAUGGUUGGAUCAUACACUGGCGACACCAGCACUUCCCUCGCUCGAUUUGGUAUUGCUCCCUUCCUGUAUUCCCCGUCUCAAGUCUCAAGAACUUCCUCUCGACACCAUUGUUGAAGAACAAGAAAAGCAGUCUAUCCAAGAGAAGGCCUCGACGGUGGUCAACGAGGUGGUGGAACAAGAAAAGCGAAAAGAAGCUUCACAGCACAUGUGA